CACAGCGUGGUGAAACUGUGCUUUCCCUGUAGCUGUUAAACUUAUUUCUGCAUUAUGUUAUUGUUUUACCUUGUUCUCCCUCAGUGCAAUGUGCAAUACAGUAAUGCAAGACAAGCUUUUCACUGUACACGUUACAAUAAUAAACCAAUUCAAUUCAAUUUCAUCUGAGCCGGAUGCCGAAUCAUUGGGGUUUUAGAAUAGCCGGAUAAUGUAUUAAGUUUCUCUCUAACUCUCAGUGGAGGCCGAGGGUUGCUCCGUUUGAAUGAAAUUGACCUCUUGCAGCGGCGGCAGUGGGUGGGACAGAGUGAAUCGGGCUGCAGUUCGCGUUGAUGAGUCUCUGCUUUAAUGAGCCCCGAAGCUUGGCAGAACACACAGUUCGACUGUCUCUCACCGGGGCCCAUCUCGGGAUUAUGCGCUGGCCGAGACCGGAUGGCAUCUCCAGAGCUGAGCCGACUGGUGGAGCAUCUUCCCCGGGAUAAGAGGCAGCAGCAGCCCCGGUCUCCGCCUCGGACUUUCCUCUUCAAUCUGCGGACUCUAUUCGACAUUUUGGAGCAACAGAGCGGGGGUACGGUCGAACUGCGCGACAUCGAGAGGGGCUGGCCGGACGACAGUAGCCGGGAGCCAGCUCUCCCGCCCGGUCUCAUUCCCUGCCUGCGCCGGGUAGCCGAUCCCGGGGGUCGCCUCACUUUUCCCCGCUUGCUGGCCGGAAUCAGGACGGCGCUGGAGCAGGAUACCGAGCCGGAAGGGGCAACACCUACUAGAGAGCAGCAAUACCGAGCAAAACCCUCCCCUCCGACCGGCUUCGUGCUCCGAGAACCCGGGGCACAGGGGAGUAAUGCCCCGGUAAGAGACAGCGGGAACCGCGCACAGGACCGCAGCGAAGGACCAGGAAUCAGUCGCUCACAGAGCAUCACCGGCUCCGUUGCUCAAGCUGCCCAGCGACAGAGCGCCCGGUGCCGGAACGAGCCGCGCCGGCACACGGUAACCAGCGGCAUCGAUUACGACGUGCUGAAGCGGAUGAAGGAACUGGAGAAGGAGCGCGACGCACUCGUGCACGGCCUGGAGAUGGUGGAGCGGGUUCGUGGCUGGUACCUGCAGCAGAUCCACAGCGUUAGGCGGCGGCAAGAGCAAGCCAGGCGUGGACUGGGGAAUGCGGACUGUCCCACUGAUCCUCAGCCGAACCGAGCCUGCCUCCUGUUGGCCAAGAUCCAGGAAGUGAACUGCUGCCUCAGUGACCUCAUGUCCUGCACGGGAAAGACAGCACACACCCAGCAUCCUGUUAAUGGGCUUGUUCCUGCUGCGAAGGCAAUUGGCUUCUACCGGCAGCCAAUCAAUGUGCUGCAAGACCAGAACCAUCUGCUAAGCAAGGAGCUGUCCGUGAAGAGCGAGCGGAUCGCUGUCCUGGAAAGGGAGAAGGCAUCGCUGAUCAAACGACUGAUUGAGACCCAAAGCCAGGGCGGUUCAGAGUCCAGUUGCGAAGGCUCGACUAUCAUCUAGCCCGCUACUUGUCCACCCCGUUACAGAGAUAGGAGGAGGAGUCAAGUGGAUGUCCCAUCCGCCCCUCAAACUUUCCAGAUCACCUGACUGUGACCUUGUUCCCUAUUACAGUAUGAUAAUUAUCCAACAUGCUGGACUUUGGAUGAAUGGAGGGAGCGGUAUCAAAUAUGGGACCACCAUUAUUAAACAAGACGGUUCCUCCGAAAGAAAACUUUUCCCUCUGUACCAAACAAAGAACUGUUACCUCUCAACUUUGAUCUUUGACAGGUUCAGCCAGUUGCAAUAACCCUAUC